UAUAUUUCAAUACAAAACCACCUCUCUCUCUGAGUUCUCAUUCAAACAAAAAUGGGUUCUCUUCCACAUUAUCUAUCAUCUUCAUCAGACUCUAAAAUUGACGAAACUACCCUCCUCGAUCUCUUCAAAUCUCAACAAAGCCACCUCAACUUCUUCUUCCAAAACCUCUCUCUCCCGCAAACCCUAGCCUUCACUCGCACCCUCCUCUCCUCCUCCGGCACCAUCUUCUUCUCCGGCGUCGGCAAGUCCGGCUUCGUCGCCAACAAGAUCUCCCAGACCCUCGUCUCCCUCAGCAUCCGCUCCGCCUUCCUCUCCCCCGUCGACGCCCUCCACGGCGACAUCGGCAUUCUCUCCUCCUCCGACGUCGUCGUCCUCUUCAGCAAGUCCGGCAACACCGACGAGCUCCUCCGCCUCGUCCCUUGCGUUCGCGCUAAAGGCGCGUACCUGAUCUCCCUCACCUCCAUUCAGGGCAAUGCGCUCGCUGCCCUGUGUGACAUGAACGUGCAUUUGCCUCUGGAGCGAGAAUUGUGCCCCUUCGAUCUCGCUCCGGUCACUUCCACCGCGAUCCAGAUGGUUUUCGGUGAUACGAUCGCUAUUGCGCUCAUGGCGGCGAGGAACUUGACCAAGGAAGAGUACGCUGCGAAUCACCCCGCCGGCCGGAUCGGCAAGUCUCUCAUUUUCAAGGUAAAAGAUGUUAUGAAGAAGCAAGAAGAGCUUCCAGUUUGCAGGGAAGGAGAUCUAAUAAUGGACCAGUUAGUGGAGCUAACGAGUAAAGGAUGUGGGUGCCUUCUCGUCAUAGAUGAUGAGUAUCACCUGAUUGGUACAUUUACUGAUGGUGAUCUACGGCGCACACUUAAGGCUAGUGGAGAAGGCAUUUUUAAGCUAACAGUGGGAGAAAUGUGCAACAGGAAGCCAAGAACCAUCAGUCCAGAUGCGAUGGCAGUGGAUGCCAUGAAGAAGAUGGAAGCGCCACCAUCCCCUGUGCAAUUUUUGCCUGUCAUAGAUAAUCAAAAUAUAGUAAUUGGCAUUGUCACAUUGCAUGGAUUAGUUUCCGCAGGCCUCUGAUGUGCAUAUAUGCUUGAUAUGUUUUCUGAGUUUUUAUUUUUGUGAUGAUUCUUUGUACUGUCAAUUCUUUUUACCCGUUAGGUGUGUGGGCUUCAUGUGUACUUCUGUUGUUUUAGUAGCAUUGAAGAGAAUAUGUAAUUCAUCGAAUUCUUAUUAAUGUAUGACUGGGUUUCGCUAGA